GAUACCCAUAUAAAACGUAAUGAAUACUCGACUCAUACCAGAUGAAACUAUAUCAGCUUUACCUGGAGAAAGUGGAAGUAUUGCUGAAGCAAUUGGACCCGUUGAAGGAUUAGCACAACCAUCCUCAGGAGAAACGGUAGAUCGGCGUAAUGCAAUCGCUUUAACUGCAGCUUUCAAUUUCACUGGUACAACACCAUCAGCUAAUGGCGCAACCAUGCAGGAAUACUUUGUACAAACAGUGGUUUCAUCUCCUAUUCAACAUGAAUUAUUAUUGAAUCGAUUGCAUGGUUUAUGCCGUGAAUGGACAGAUUUCUGUGAUCAAGAAACUAUAUUCGAAAUAGGAAGUGAUAAUCGAACUGAUACAAAUAACCUUAUAGGUAUGAACAGAUCAUCUGGAAAUACAUCCGCUGCCGUUGGCGUCUUAGCUGCCACUGCAUCAGGUAGUGCAACUGUCACUAUACGUGUUCGUCGAAGUCUUUUAAGUAGAGUAAAUAAACCUGGUCGAGAAUUUUCUGUUCUACGAUAUUUAGGAGCCGUAGAAACUGAUAAAAUAAUUUUACGACGUAGUUGUCUUGAAAUGCCGGUUACUGGACCAAUCGUUAGUUUUCUAUAUGAUUUGGGAUUUGACUAUGAAUCUACGUUUGUUGCUGAAGGUCAAGAAUUUAUUCGUGGACGUGUGAAAGUUUUAGUUUAUACAGUUAAUGAAAUAACCAGCUUUCAAAGUAUUGCAACUUCAAACGCUAUGGGAUUUGGUUUUGAUGGACAGGGAUUAGCACCCAAAGAUUGGCGACGUUUAUGUUCUCGUAGUUGGAUGGUAGAGAUCAGUGUAGUUGGCAGUCCUGCUGAUGAUCAUUUACAAGAAGAAAUUACAGAUUUUGUUGAACUACUUCAUCCAAUUAUUGUACCAACAAAACUUGAUAGCAAUUUGUUUACUCGUAAAUGUUGAUAAUUUUGUGUGCUUUUCUUUUAUCUACUUUUUAUCGGGUUUUGUAUAAGUCGUUCAUAUUCUUUUUUAAAGAUUGUAUUCAUAUAUGUAAAAAUACAGAGUUUAUUGAUAUGUACAAAA